UCUAGCUUUGUCUCAUUCAUCCCUUUUUGCAUUGUGCCAAGAAUAUAAAACAACAACAUUCAAAGUCUUGAUGUUUGUCUUGAUUUGAUAGUGGAUUGGAAGUUUUGGCCCUGGGAAAAAACAAAAACAAAAACAAAAUCAAGAGACCAUUUUCCCAUUUAUCCUUUUUGUUUUGGUUUAUGAUCAAUGGGGAUGUCAUAUGACAAUGUUCGUGGACUUGUUUUGGCUGUUUCUUCCAGCGUUUUUAUUGGAUCUAGCUUUAUUAUCAAGAAAAAGGGCCUCCAGAAAGCUGGAGCAACUGGAACAAGAGCUGGUGAAGGAGGGUACGCUUAUUUAUAUGAACCUUGUUGGUGGGCAGGGAUGAUAACUAUGAUAGUUGGGGAGAUAGCUAAUUUUGCUGCUUAUGCGUAUGCUCCCGCAAUUCUUGUAACACCUUUGGGAGCUUUAAGCAUUAUUUUCAGUGCAGUGCUAGCACAUUUUAUUCUGAAGGAGAAAUUACACAUCUUUGGUGUGCUUGGAUGUGCACUGUGCGUGGUUGGUUCUACAACCAUUGUUUUACAUGCUCCACAGGAAAGAAAUAUUGAAUCUGUCAAAGAAGUAUGGCAGCUUGCAACAGAACCAGGUUUCCUUGUAUACACCUGCCUAGUUGUGAUUGUGGUAGCAGUUCUUAUUUAUCGAUGUGUUCCACGCUAUGGCCAAACCCAUAUGAUAGUAUAUGUUGGAAUCUGCUCUCUCAUGGGCUCUCUGACGGUAAUGGCUGUUAAAGCAGUAGGAAUUGGGUUGAAGCUUACAUUUGAAGGAAUGAAUCAAUUUAAAUACUUCGAAAUGUGGGUUUUCACAUUUGUUGUAGCCUUUUGCUGUCUUCUGCAGGUGAACUACUUGAACAAGGCCCUAGACACCUUUAACACUGCUGUCAUAUCUCCUGUCUACUAUGUCAUGUUCACAACAUUCACCAUUCUUGCCAGCAUGAUCAUGUUUAAGGAUUGGGAUUCACAAGGUGCAGCGGACAUUGCAACAGAAUUAUGUGGUUUUGUUACAAUUCUGUCAGGGACCUUCCUCCUACACAAAACAAAAGAUAUGGGAAAAAGUCCCACUGUAAUAAGCCCUGUCUUCACCAGCCCUGAUCUAAACCCAGCUCCGAACACCAACUCCAACUCCAACUCCGACUCCAGAUAGUCAAAGCUUCGAAUUCUCAGCUUCUUAUUCUGAUGGCUUUUGGUUUCAAACCCUCAGCAAACUGCUACUUCCAAAGAGAAAAAGAAGACAAGGGGGCAUUUUUAGAGAAAAAGAAGACAAUAAGGGGACAUUUUUUUUAAGUGAGAUGCAAACUAUGUGACGUGGUGAAUGUGAAGGGGAUGCUACAAAAAGUUUGAGAUAGUUUUUCCUCGUAUUCAUUUAUUUCUCUUAUUCUUUUCACAGAUUCUUAAUUACCUUGUGAAUAUGAAAGAUACAGAAUAUUGUUGUUAAGAGGUUUUCGGAGAAAUUACAAG